AUGCUAAACGAGCCAAGUAUACGUGAAAAGGAAGACAUCGAGAUGAUAGAUAUCUCACCUACAUGGAUGACUCCUAUGAUCAAUUAUUUACUCGACGGAAAACUUCCAACUGAAAAAAACGAGGCGCAAAAACUCUUGUAUUCAGUGUCUCGCUACACAAUAGUUGAAGGCAAACUAUAUAGAAGAGGUUAUUCAAUGCCUCUACUUCAGUGUGUACUUCCUACAGAAGCGAACGAGAUUAUCAGAGAAAUUCAUGAAGGCUUUUGUGGGGAUCAUGCAGGUUGGUUUGGAAUUCCAAUGAAGAUAGUGUUCAAUAACGAAACUCAGUUCGAUGGUGACUUAUUCACCGAGUUCUUCGAGAGGAACAAAAUAAUUAAGAGCUUCUCGUCAGUAUCCAAACCUCAAGCGAAUGGACAAGUGGAAGUUGUUAACAAAACCUUGAAGGAUACUAUCAAGAAGAAGUUAGAUGCUACCAAAGGUAGAUGGGUCGAUGAACUACCUCAAGUACUUUGGGCUCACAAAACUACUGAAAAGACAGCAACAGGACAUACUCCAUUCUCGCUAGCAUUUGGCUCGGAAGCAAUGUAA